AUGGGAAAAAUCACUUUCUUCUUCCUACUUUUUACCCUCUUUUUGUCACAUUUUGUUGCUUCAAGCCUUGGAAAGAGGCAAAGUGAUGUUCUUGGAAAAUUUUACAAGGCUAAGCAAAAGAAAGAUUCAUCCAUUGACAAGAGCCAGUUUAAGGCAGCCCUUAACCAUGUAGAUUUAGACAAAGUUAUUCUACCUCAAGAGGGACAGAAAGAAAAAGAUUGGAUCAAGAAAUUGCCAGGACAACCACCAGUAAAAUUCCAACAAUAUGGUGGCUAUGUGACUGUCAAUGAAUCUGCUGGUCGUGCCUUGUAUUAUUACUUUACUGAAGCUGAGAAUUCCAAGUCAUUGCCCCUUCUUCUUUGGCUUAAUGGAGGUCCUGGCUGUUCGUCUAUUGCAUUUGGAGCCAUGGAGGAACUCGGACCUUUUAGAGUUCACAGUGAUGGAAAAACAUUAUACAGGAAUCAUUAUGCAUGGAAUCUUGCUGCAAAUGUAUUGUUCUUGGAGUCUCCUGCUGGAGUAGGAUUUUCUUAUACAAAUACAAGCAGUGACUUCAACUCAACUGGAGAUAAGAGAACAGCUAAUGAUAAUGUUGUAUUUUUACUGAAUUGGCUCGAGCGAUUUCCCGAGUACAAGAACAGAGAUUUUUACAUUUCUGGUGAAAGCUAUGCUGGGCAUUAUGUACCUCAAUUGGCACAUGCAAUUCUUCACCUUAACAAGCGCUCCAACAAGACUCUUAUCAAUCUAAAAGGAAUUAUCAUUGGGAAUGCAGUGAUCAAUGAAGAUACAGAUAACGUAGGAAUGUAUGAAUACUUUGCUUCUCAUGCCCUAAUUUCAGAUCAAACUUUCCUUGAUAUCCAGAAAUAUUGUUACUCCGAUUUCUACAACGAGGAAAAGUGCAACAAGGCAGGUGCAGUUUCAGACAACAAUACCGAUAACCUUGACAUCUACAACAUUUUUUUUCCCCUGUGCCACGACGGCAAUCUCACCAAACACCCUAAAUUACCUUUUACAUUGCAGUUUGAUCCCUGCUCCGACAAUUACAUUUAUGCUUACUUGAAUAGGCGGGAUGUUCAAGAGGCACUCCACGCUAAUGUCACCAAUAUCAGCUAUGAUUGGGAAGCUUGCAGUGAUCCUCUUUUUUACAAUUGGAAAGAUAGUCCGUUGACUAUAAUUCCUCUCCUAGAAGAGUCUUUGGCAAAUGGUGUUCGAGUAUGGAUUUUUAGUGGUGAUACAGAUGGAAGAGUACCUGUAACUUCAUCAAAGAGAUCAAUAAAGGCAAUGGACCUUACAGUAGACAAACCUUGGCGCUCUUGGUUGUAUGGAGGAGAGGUUGGAGGAUACAUAGAAACAUACAAAGGAGGACUAACAUUAGCAACAGUAAGAGGGGCAGGACAUGAAGUUCCGAGUUACCAACCUGCUAGAGCCCUUUCUCUUAUUUCUCACUUCCUUUCUGGUACACCACCUCCAGGAAAUGCUUAAACAAGCAGCUAAUCCUUUUGUGUAAUUAAUUAUGAUAUUAUUAAUCAUUUCAUGAGCUUGUUUAGCCAAAGUUGAA